AUGUAUGGCUAUAACAAAGUGGCCGACAAUACUUUCGUCAAUUUAACACCACUUCUCACCGGAUAUUACUUGGAAGACAUCUGGAAUGAAACCAUCAGUAAAACGGAUUACAGUAAUAGAGGAUAUAAUACACUGUUGAUGGAGGAUGCGCCUGAUAUAGCCACGUUCAAUUAUCUCAAAAUUGGAUUCAAUGAACCGCCCACUGACUACUACUUACGACCAUUUAGUCUGGCCAUCGAGAAAGAUGUCCACAAUGAUUGCUAUCAAGAUAAGCCGGAGAUCGAGAUAGAUUCAAAAUAA